AUGGAAUUAUUAAAUAAUGAGGAACGAGAAAUGUUGGCUAAAUACAAUAGAUAUUUGACAAAUGACAAAAUCCAAGAACCAUUGAAAUACUCAGACAUCUUCAUGGGUAAACAUGAUUUAAAUGACAUUCCUCAAAAGACAGAAGAAAAAAAAAUUCAAAAUUAAAAAUUACAAAUCAAAACUUCUUCUGCUAAUAAGCGAGAUUAAUUCAAAAAUAUUAUCAAUGAAUUGAAUAAUGUUCAAAGUAAAUAAUUAGAAAAUAUUUUCAAAAGCAGUUCUGUUUUCGAAGAAACAUAAAAAGAGAAGCAAUAUGAAGAAUGCGAAGUGCAAGUUUUCAAAGACACUACGCAAUAAAAAACUAAUAAGAAUUCUGACAGACCAGAGAAAUAACCAAAAUAAUCAAAAUCAUCGAAAUCAUUGUCGAAAGAGUAAAUCAAAAAGAAGCAGGAUAGUAAGCCCAAAAAGAAUAUGAACCCAUCGAAUUCGUAAACGACUAUAGAAAUCUAAUAGGAAUUCAAUGAGUAUGCUAACUAUUCUUAAAGUUUUAGGAAAUUGUUAUAAUAACUCAAUAAAUUGAUCUAGUUGAAGAAGGUUGAUAACAAAUUCUUUUUCAGCUUAAUUUCCAAACAUGUUAAUGAAUGCCCCUCCUUUGGAAAAAGACUGAAAGAGGAAAUUAAGGAGAUAUUAAAUUAAUUAUUAUGA